AUGAAGUUCAGCGUAGUCCUCUCCGCCUUGGGCUUGGUAGCCUCUGCUGCCGCUGCCUCGCUCCAGCAGGUCACCAGCUUCGGCUCAAACCCCAGCAACGUCAAGAUGUUCAUCUACGUUCCCGACAAGGUCGCAGCCAACCCCGCCAUCGUCGUCGCUAUCCAUUACUGUUCCGGCUCUGCAAAGGCCUACUUCAACGGCAGCCCGUACAAGACGCUGGCCGAUCAGAAGGGCUUCAUCGUCAUCUACCCUGAGUCGCCUUACUCUGGCACCUGCUGGGAUGUCUCUUCCAAGGCGACCCUGACCCACAACGGCGGGGGUAACAGCAACUCCAUUGCCAACAUGGUUACUUACGCCUUGAACAAGUACAAAGGCGACAAGUCCAAGGUUUUCGUUACGGGAUCUUCGUCUGGUGCCAUGAUGACCAACGUUAUGGCUGCAACCUACCCUGAGCUCUUUGCUGCUGGUAUUGUCUACAACGGCGUGCCUGCUGGUUGCUUCUAUACCGGCUCCGUCGACGGCUGGAACAGCACCUGCGCGCACGGUAAUGUCAAGCAGACCGCCGCUCAAUGGGCCCAACAGGUGUACAACGCCGACCCUAACUACAAGGGGUCGCGUCCUCGUAUGCAAAUCUACCACGGCAGCAUUGACACCACUCUGUACCCGGCCAACUACCAGGAGACAAUUAAGCAGUGGUCCGGCGUCUUCGGCUACAACGCGGACAAACCCACAAGCUCCAAGCAGAACACCCCUCAGACUAACUACCGCACUGAUGUCUUUGGUGACCACCUCACAGGUGUGUGGGCGGUUGGUGUCGGACACACUGUGCCGAUCCGUGGUGCCGAUGACAUGAAGUUCUUUGGCCUGUAA